AUGGCUUCUCCUGAAGUCAUAGACUUCAUCAGGGUAGAAAAACUGAACUGCCCAUUGUUCCAAAUGCUGGAAGCUACAUUGUUGUCGAUCAACGCCGUUCUGGACGAUGCAGAAGCCAAACAAAUCAUGAACUACAACACAAAAGAUGUUCUUUCUUUGAGAAAAGGGUUUGGUGGAAAGUGUUUGAGGAAAUUACCAGCCACUUCCUUGGUGGAUGAAUCCAGUGUGUAUGGGAGAGAUGGUGAUAAAGAAGCUAUAACGAAGUUGUUGAACACAGAUGAUUCGAGUGGUUAUGGGAUUGGGGUUGUUGCUAUAGUUGGCAUGGGUGGGUUUGGGAAGACAACUCUUGCUCAGAUUGUUUACAAUGACAACAAAAUGGAGGCUUUGUUUAAGUUUGAUAUGAAAAUCUGGGUUUGUUUUUCAGAGAAUUUUGAUGCUUUUCGAGUGACAAAAGCAAUUCUCGAGGGAAUCACUUGUUUGAGUUGUGAUGUUGGGGAACUCAAUUUGCUUCAAGUUAAGCUGGCUGAAUGUUUGAUGGAUAAGAAAUUUCUUCUAGUCCUAGAUGAUGUUUGGAAUAAGAAUUAUGUCCAUUGGGAGGCCUUGAAGAGACCCUUGACCCAUGGUUCUCGAGGAACAAUUGGCAGACGAACAAUGCUGGUUGUUGUUUGUGAAUGCCAUGGCAUACCUUUAGCAGCCAAAACAGUUGGAGGUCUCCUUCGAUCCAAAAGGGAUGUCAGCGAAUGGCGGAAUGUUUUAGAGGGCAAUCUGGGGGAUUUAUCUAAAGCCGAUGACAAUAUCGUUCCUGCUUUACUCUUAAGCUACCAUUAUCUGCCUUCACAUCUGAAGAGAUGCUUUGCAUAUUGUGCCACAUUCCCCAAGGAUUAUGAUUUUGAGAUUGAGAACCUGGUCCUAUUGUGGAUGGCCGAAGGAUUACUGUCACAAAUAAUACGAAACAAGAGGCCGGAAGAUGUAGGAGUCGAGUACUUCAACAAUCUACGAUCAAGACCUUUCUUCCAACAAUCAAGUGGCACUAGAAAGCUCUUUGUCAUGCAUGAUCUCAUUCAUGAUUUAGCCGAAUUUGUCUCCCAAGGGUUUUGUAUGUUAGGGGUUCAUGAUUCUAACGAAAUCCGAAAGACGGUUCAACAUUUUUCGUAUACAAGAACCAGUUACGACAAUCUUCGAAUGUCCGAUGCCUUUAAUGAAACGAAGUGUCUGCGGACCUUCCUACCUCUAAAACCCUUUCAUUGGUUUGAAACACUACCAUACGAAGUCUAUCAUGAUCUAUUGAUAACCUUAAAAUGCUUGAGAGUUUUAACGUUGUCCAGGUAUGAUAACAUAAAAGGGUUGCCAGCUUCAAUAGGAGACUUGCAACUUCUCCGCUAUUUGGAUCUGUCCUACACUGAAAUUACGAGACUACUGGAAUCCGUUUGUGCUUUGUAUAAUCUGCUGACACUGUUAUUAGCGGAUGUGUCUCACUCCUCGAGUUGCUAA